AGAUUCCUGAAGGGCGGGCGGUGAGGUCGUAAACAACGCUGCCGGCGGUCUUUCCCGGUAGGGCGGGCUCGGGAACAACGAGCUGGCUGAGGCUUCAUCGCUUAGUGCGUACAUGAGUCUGCUCUUUCUGCCAGGUCUGCUUUGGUCGUCCCCACAUCUUUGCGGGUGAAGUCACCUUUGGGUUUUGAGACCUUGGGGUGUGAGGCCCCAACUCGAGACCUCCCCCUUCCCUCUCUCCCUCCAUCUCUUCCUUUGCAUCACCGGAUCACUUAGCCUUUGAGCCGGCCAGCGUGGCCUUGCCUUGCGGCCAAGUUUAAGGUGGUAAAGGUAACGGUGGGGCAAGCAGCCCCCAGUGGACAAAGGCAAAGGCGCGAAUAGAACAGGCCGAAGGGCCGCGUGCGAUAAAAAUAAGGCGGCUAAGGAGGUGAACAAGGAGAAAAAAAGGCAAAGAGUACUGCGGUUUUAGAAGGGACUGGAAACGACUUGUUGCACGAUGGAAGAAUCUGACUCUGAGAAAAAGAUGGAGAAAGAGAAUGUGGGGCCAAGAAUGGAUCCUCCCAUAGGGGAACCGGAAGGAUCGCUUGGGUGGGUGCUGCCAAAUACAGCCAUGAAGAAAAAGGUGCUGUUGAUGGGUAAAAGUGGGUCUGGUAAGACCAGCAUGAGAUCUAUUAUUUUUGCAAAUUAUAUUGCCAGAGACACACGUCGACUUGGUGCAACAAGGACAGAAAGAAGAAUAGGAGCCUGUGAAGGAGGAUCUGCCAGAGAGGUUGUAGGUGUGACAUCAGAAGCCGAGAGAAGAGAAUUUUUUGAGAAGUGUAGUCAACAGUGUCGUACUGUAGAAGUACUAGACCGUUUACAUAGUCUUCAAAUUAAUAGCAGUUUGAGCACCUACUCUCUCGUAGACUCUGUUGGAAAUACAAAGACAUUUGAUGUAGAACAUUCCCAUGUUCGAUUUCUGGGAAACCUGGUGUUGAACCUGUGGGACUGUGGUGGACAGGACAACUUCAUGGAAAAUUAUUUCACUAGCCAGCGAGACAACAUUUUCCGAAAUGUGGAGGUUCUGAUUUAUGUCUUUGAUGUGGAGAGCCGUGAACUGGAAAAGGACAUGCACUAUUAUCAAUCAUGCCUGGAGGCCAUUCUGCAGAAUUCUCCAGAUGCCAAAAUCUUUUGCUUGGUGCACAAAAUGGAUCUGGUACAGGAGGAUCAGCGGGACCUGAUUUUUAAAGAGCGAGAAGAAGAUCUGAGGCGCCUGUCUCGCCCGCUGGAAUGUUCUUGUUUCCGCACAUCGAUCUGGGAUGAAACUCUCUAUAAGGCCUGGUCCAGCAUUGUUUAUCAGCUGAUUCCCAAUGUUCAGCAACUGGAAAUGAACCUAAGGAAUUUUGCUGAAAUUAUUGAGGCUGAUGAAGUGCUUCUGUUUGAAAGAGCUACUUUUCUGGUGAUUUCUCACUAUCAAUGUAAAGAGCAGCGUGAUGCCCACAGAUUUGAAAAAAUCAGCAACAUUAUUAAGCAGUUUAAGCUGAGCUGCAGCAAGCUGGCUGCCUCUUUCCAGAGCAUGGAAGUCAGGAACUCUAACUUCGCUGCUUUCAUUGAUAUCUUUACAUCCAACACUUACGUGAUGGUUGUGAUGUCUGAUCCAUCUAUUCCUUCUGCAGCUACUCUGAUCAACAUCCGCAAUGCCAGGAAACACUUUGAAAAACUGGAAAGAGUGGAUGGACCAAAGCAGUGUCUUCUCAUGCGCUGAACAUUGCCAAAAGUUGUUUCAGAAGAAAAUUGAAAUACUGUUUCUUAAUCUUAAUGUCGUAUUCGUGUAUGUAGGCUCUGAAAUGUUGUGAUGCUUACCACUUCUGUAUUCCUUCCCUUCAAUCUCCAGUCUUAUAGUUUAACCUUGAAUGUUAUUUACUCAAAUAGCUAGUGAGAAAUUAGAGGAGCUGUCCAUAAAGUUGGUGUGAUGUAAAAGUAGGUGAUAUGUGUAAGUGUUCUGAUAAUAAGGUUCUAAUAGUGUGUUCUGAUAACCUAGUUCCAAUAAUCAUGUGUGCCAAAGUCUCUUCCAAUAUUGUCUUGUAUUCCUUAUCAGAUAGUAACCUAGAUAUUUGGAAUAUUACUCUUUUCUCAGCAUGCAUUAAAAA